CCAAAAAAGCAAUCACCAGCAAUCACAGCAAACAAAACCACUAACAUUUCAACCAUAUCUCACCGCCAUCAACGGCCAACUAUUCUUCUUUCCCUCAUUAUGACAGCAUGACGACGUCGUCUGGACCACCGGAAACCACCCACCAGCCAGAGCAAACAACCAUCAGAAAACUCAUCGUUUUUGUCGAAGGGGCGCGUGAGCUUUUACCCAAAGAUGGUCAGGGAAGCUCAAGCCCAUACGUAGUUGUAGACUUCGACGGCCAAAAACAACGAACCUCAACGAUAUGCCGGAACUUGAACCCUGUAUGGAACGAGAGACUCGAGUUCAUAGUCACUGAUCCGAGAACAAUGGAGUUCGAAGAGCUCGAAAUUGAGGUCUUCAAUGACAAGAAACUUAGCAAUGGAAAUGCGAGGAAAAACCAUUUUCUGGGGCGUGUGAAGAUGUAUGGAAGCCAGUUUGCGAAGAUGGGUGAUGAAGGGUUGAUUUAUUUUCCGCUGGAGAAGAAGAGUGUGUUUAGCUGGAUCAGAGGUGAGAUUGGGUUGAGGAUUUGUUACUAUGAUGAGUUGGUGGUGGAGAGAGAACCAGACCCACCCCCUCAGCAACCUCCAGAGCAGAAGGCUCCGGUGGCUCCGCCGGUUGUGGAAGUGCCGGUGCCGACGGAAGUAGCCAUGGAGGCAGCACCGCAAUCACCGCCGAUUGUGAUUAUCCAAGAGUCUCCGCCGGUGGUGAAUGUUCAGCCAGAGCAUCAUCAUGAUCAUUAUCAGUACCAUCAUCAGCAGAAUCAUGAGGUCCCGCCAACAAUGGCGAUGCCGCCCGAGUAUCCGCCGGAGGUGAGGAAAAUGCAGACUACUACCAGACUUGCCGGUGCUGGCGAGAGAGUUAGGGUUCUGAGCAAGGCAAACGGAGACUAUUCGCCGAGAAUAAUCUCCUGGAAAUUCAACGGUGAAUUGGAGAAAAUUUCAGCGUACGAUCUGGUGGAACCAAUGCAGUAUCUCUUCACUCGAAUCUUGAAAGCUCGUGGACUAGCACCGAGUGAGAAUCCAUACGUGAAAAUUAGGACUUCCGGUCACUUCGCACGGUCUAAACCGGCGAGUUUUCGUCCCGGCGAGUCAUUGAUAAACCCAGAGUGGCAGCAAACCUUCGCUCUGGGCCACAACAAGACAGAGACAGCAAGUUCGACGCUCGAAAUCUCCGUUUGGGAUAGGUCAUCGGAACAAUUCCUAGGCGGCGUCUGCUUCGACCUAUCAGACGUUCCGGUUCGUGACCCACCGGAUAGUCCUUUAGCUCCGCGUUGGUACCGCCUAGAAGGUGGCGCCGAGGAUCCUAAUUCCGGCAGAGUCUCCGGCGAUAUUCAACUCGCCGUUUGGAUUGGAACUCAAGCAGACGACGCAUUUCCCGAGUCGUGGAGCUCCGAUGCCCCGUACGUGGCACACACGCGCUCUAAGAUUUAUCAAUCGCCGAAGCUCUGGUACUUGAGGAUUACAGUAAUCGAAGCUCAAGAUCUUCACAUCGCUCCGAAUUUACCUCCGUUGACGGCGCCGGAGAUCCGUGUCAAAGCUCUGCUAGGGUUUCAAUCUGUUAGGACGAGACGAGGCUCCAUGAGCAAUCAUACAUCGACGUUUCACUGGAACGAAGACAUGAUCUUCGUCGCCGGUGAGCCACUGGAAGACACCCUGAUCAUACUAGUGCAGGAGCGUACGGGCACGGAUCCAGUGCUUCUCGGACACGUGGUUGUUCCUGUGGCCUCACUGGAACAACGUGUAACUGAGCACCACGUGGCGGCCAAGUGGUUCGGAUUGGAAGGUGGACCAAAUGGGUCCUACUGCGGGAGAAUUCACUUGAAGAUGUGCUUAGAGGGUGGGUAUCACGUACUUGAUGAGGCAGCUCACGUGUGCAGUGACUUCAGACCCACUGCUAAGCAGCUAUGGAAGCCAGCCAUUGGGAUCUUAGAGCUGGGAAUACUUGGAGCUCGUGGACUGCUACCCAUGAAAUCCAAGGGUGGAGGUAAAGGGUCCACGGAUGCUUAUUGUGUUGCCAAGUAUGGGAAAAAGUGGGUCCGUACACGGACCAUACCCGAUACCUUUGAUCCACGGUGGAACGAGCAGUAUACAUGGCAGGUAUACGAUCCAUGUACGGUCCUUACCAUUGCGGUUUUUGACAAUUGGCGCAUGUUAAAUGUUACAUCAGAAGACAAACCCGAUUAUCGUAUCGGGAAAGUUCGAAUACGGGUGUCUACAUUGGAGAGUAACAAGGUGUAUACUAAUUCUUAUCCAUUGUUGGUGCUCCUAAGGUCCGGAUUGAAGAAAAUGGGUGAGAUUGAAUUGGCAGUCCGAUUUGCUUGCCCAUCAUUGUUGCCGGAUACUUGUGCGGUUUAUGGGCAACCAAUGCUUCCUAUAAUGCACUACCUAAGACCCCUUGGGGUGGCUCAACAAGAGGCAUUACGUGGGGCAGCUACUAAAUUGGUGGCCACCUGGUUGGCGCGGUCUGAGCCACCGUUAGGACCAGAAGUUGUCCGAUACAUGUUGGAUGCGGAUUCACAUACAUGGAGCAUGAGAAGGAGUAAAACUAAUUGGUUUCGGAUUGUGGCAGUACUUGCUUGGGUUGUUGGGUUGGCUAAAUGGUUAGAUGACAUUAGGCGAUGGAAGAACCCGGUAACAACGGUGUUAGUCCAUGUUUUAUACUUGGUACUAGUUUGGUUUCCGGAUUUGAUUGUCCCAACCGGGUUCUUAUACGUAUUCUUGAUUGGUGUAUGGUACUAUCGGUUCAAGCCAAAAAUCCCCGCAGGCAUGGAUAUCCGGCUCUCCCAAGCAGAAUCUGCUGACUUGGAUGAAUUGGAUGAGGAAUUUGACACGAUUCCGAGUUCAAAACCCCCCGAAAUAAUCAGGAUCCGGUAUGACCGGUUGAGAAUAUUGGCUGCAAGGGUGCAAACAGUUUUGGGUGAUUUUGCAACCCAAGGUGAGAGAGUCCAGGCCUUGGUGAGUUGGAGGGACCCAAGAGCCACCAAGUUGUUCAUUGCAGUGUGCCUUGCAAUUACAAUGGUACUCUAUGUGGUGCCACCAAAAAUGGUUGCUGUGGCCCUUGGAUUCUAUUUCUUGCGCCACCCAAUGUUCAGGGACCCCAUGCCACCUACUAGCUUGAACUUCUUUAGAAGACUUCCAAGCUUGUCUGAUAGGUUACUAUAGUCUAUUAGACUGGACAAUCAUUUGGGCUUUUGACACCAAAAAUUGUGGGAGUGUUUGAGAAAGUGUUUGCUUAAUAACCUCGUAAGAAGUGAAAAAAAAGUGGAAUUUGAGGGCAAGUGGGAAAAGGGUAGUGUUUUUUGUAUCUUGAAUUGAUUGACUGACUAUUCGAAAUAAGGAAAAGGAGGGAGAAAAGGUAGCUGAGCUGGGAGGGAAGAAAAUGGAGGGAGAGAAAGAUCAAAGGAGAGAUUUCGGUCAGAGAUUUCUGAA